AUGUUGGAGAAGUUCGCACCACAUGUUGUGGGAAAGAAGGUGGACUCCGACGGCGAUCUAUUCACCGGAUUAGAAAGAGAGUUUGAUGUGAAAGACCCCUUGUCGUGGAGAAUCAACCAGGUUUCGACGAUAGUGAGGAAUUUGUCGUUCGAGCCUAUCAACAGAGUUACAAUGGCUCAGUGUUGGCCACUAUUUAGGUUCCUGUUUCUUUGUGCCAGUAGCAAGUGGGCACCUCUGUAUACCGCGGCUAUGGAUACCUUGAGCAACUUGGCUUGCGAUGUUGAUCUGACUUGGCAUAAAAUGGUGCAUUGUUCUGAUCAUGCUCUGCUCCGAAUCGUGAAAGAGGGAAUUUUUAGCAACGACAAGUUCAAGUUGAUACGCUCUUUGGAGAUACUCACGGCACUCAGCAGUUUCGAAGGGAAUGAGUCGACAAUAUGCGAUUUUUUGGAUAGCAAAAUGUUUGAACACAUAUUCAAUGUCGUCUGUAUAAAAGACAUAAUGAUGUGUGUCUACACCUUAGAGUGUCUCUAUCAG